AAAAAACGUACAUGCUGAUACUUAAAUCUACUACCACAGAAAAUAAUGGAAACCACAAAACACAGCAAGCACUCUGUCAGCUGGGUGAUGACAUCGUUACACGUCGAAUGGCCUCUGGAAAUUUCCGCUGUACAUUCAGGAGGCAGUGACAGCGAAAAAGGCAAAUUACGUCUUUGUAUCAUAAAGCAAAUAGUUUUGACCACGGAUACCCCCUAAAAAGAUCUUGGAGAUGGACCAGACCUGGCGAACCACGAUUUGAAAACAAAUGUAAUCAAUUAAUUUUUAAGGUCACUUCCCAUUUAAUAUGCUCUGAUAAAGAUUUUGUUCUCCUUCGCGGACCACCCUUUGAGAUCUAAGAUCUUAAGAUGGAGCUCGUCGCCUAGUGAAACCCAAAUCGAAAAUCCCCGGACGCGCCAGGGCGAGGGGAGGGUUCAGGGGGUGGUCUCUGUUUAGCGCUGGGAGAUGAACUCACGCUGCCCAGAGUCGGCGGAGGACGCGGGGUCUAGAAACCAGUCCCAAACCCGCCACCUGCGCGCCAAGGCGGGGCCAGAACUGGCUGCAGGCGGCCGGACUCGCCCAGGGCUUAGCGCAGAAAGAGGUGGCGGCGGCUGCGAGGCGCGGCCCCUGGAGACGCCUGCCAACCGCCCGCCCGCCGCAGGUGCGCCGGCCCCCGCGGGGAGGAGCGCGGCCAGGUGCUGCCAGGUAGCUGCCUUCUCCGGUUCUCACCGCUCCACUCUGCGGCCUCCCGGGAUCCAGGCAGGACUCGCGUCGCGCGUCCCGGAGCCGGCCAGGGCGCCCCCUCCGCGAACCCCAGGCUCUUUCUCGGCCCGAGCGAGGGGGCCCUUCCCGUCCUGCGGAGGGCAAGGCGCGGAUUCGGGGGGCGCCGAGACCGAGGGUCUGGCGGCCGCAGGGACGACCGAAGCACGGGACUCCGGCCCGGCUGUUGCUGGAACAUGCGCCCGCAGCUGCAGUUUGUUUGACAGUUGCCGGACUAUGUUUCCACUCCUGGUGCUACUCAGCCAACUGCCCGCAGUUACCUUCGCAUUUCCUCAUUGCACAAGAAGUCCGGAGGAGUCUGGGCAUGCGAGAGAAGAAGUUUUUACAUCAAAAGAAGAAGCAAACCUGUUCAUACAUAGACACCUCCUAUAUAAUAGAUUUGAUUUGGAGCUCUUCACUCCUGGUGACCUAGAAAGAGAAUGCACAGAAGAACUUUGUAAUUAUGAGGAAGCCAGAGAGAUUUUUGUGGAUGAAGAUAAAACGAAGAAAUUUUGGCAAGAAUAUUCAAUUAGAGGACCAACCACAAAAUCAGAUGCUAACAGAGAGAAAAUCGACGCUAUGGGCCUUCUGACUGGAUUAAUUGCUGCUGGAGUAUUUUUGGUUAUUUUGGGAUUAGUUGGUUACUAUCUUUGUAUCACCAAGUGUCACAGGCAACAGUAUCCAGGUUCUUCAGAUACCUACGUAAGAAGGGGCAGACACACUCCUUCCAUCAUCUUCAGAAGACCAGAGGAGGCUGUCUUGUCUCCAACGCCACCUUCAUUGGAAGAUACAGGAUUACCUUCUUAUGAACAGGCAGUGGCAUUGACCAGAAAACAGAGUGUUUCACCACCACCACCUUAUCCUGGGCCAGCAAAUGAUUUUAGGGUAUUUAAAAAGUCUAUGUCACUCCCAUCUCACUAAGCCCUCAUUGUCUUGGUGAUAUAGGACAUUCACGUUAUUUAAGUGGUUCUUUUCCCUGAACCAAAAAAGACAAGUCAGUUCAGCUGUUUAUGACAAGCUGUAGGGAGUAAGGAGAAAUGAGCAUGUGUUCUCUGCCCCUGGAGUUCUGUCAGCAUCUUUAACCUGAAUUGGAUAGUCAGCUGGAUAAGGAAUUUUGUGUCCUUGCAGUGAAGAAGAGAGCAUUGCUCUGUUCAAAAGAAUGUUAUGGAUGUCACAGCUAAAACUGGUGAACUGUCUGUAUCCUUUGUACAGAAAAAGAUUGUAGAUUUGUUGUUGUUGUGUUAGUUGCUCAGUUAUGUCCCACUCUUUGCGACCCUAUGGACUGUAGUCUGCCAGGCUUCUCUGUCCAUGGAAUUCUUCAGGCAAGAAUGCUGGAGUGGGUAACCAUUCCCUUCUCUAGGGGUUCUCCCAGAUCCAGGGAUCGACCCAGGGUCUCCUGCAUUGCAGGCAGAUUCUUUACUGUCUGAGCCACCAGGGAAGCCCCAUAGAUUUAUUGUAUUGAAUACUAAAAAAAAAAGAAAAAGAAUUUCUAAUUAUUAGAUUAUUCCAAGUUAUAAUAUUGGAUCUACCCUUUUUUAGGAUUUCUUUUUGGUUGGCAAUACUUCACAGAAUCUGACAUUUAAAUAUAAAUCAAUAACCUUAAUGAAAUCAGUUUUUUAUCUUAAAUUAUUGCAUAGCAUUUACUGUAUUUUGCACAUUUUAGUCAUGAACUGUUCCUAUCAGGCAUAUUUUAUUAUGUGUGUGUGGGGGGGCAGUCAAUAGUUUUCUUUAAAAAAUAAACACUAGGGAGUUACUUCUUCAGAGGGAGCAUGGUUGCAAUGGCAAGGAUUUGCAAGGGUUGUUAUACCACAAAGUAAAUUAUAGGCCUCAAAUCUAGGAGUGGAGCUUGAUAAAUUCGUGCAUAUUACCGACGAGUAGACAUACCUAUUUUCAUUGCUAAGUUAUCUGUAUCUGACUAUGCAUAACCAUUAAUCUGGAAAAUUUGUCAAAGUUUAUAAAUAAUAGUUUGAGAACCUAGAAGUAACUUACUUUUCUGCUAUCAAAAUAAUAUUGAUUAAAGUUACCAGCAAUCCCUUGUAUCUUUUUUUUUUUUUAUUAUUAUUUUUUUUUUUCCAGUGGGUUUGUCAUACAUUGAUAUGAAUCAGCCAUGGAUUUACAUGUAUUCCCAAUCCCGAUCCCCCCUCCCACCUCCCUCUCCACCCGAUUCCUCUGGGUCUUCCCAGUGCACCAGGCCGGAGCACUUCCCUUGUAUCUUUUAAUGUCUGGACACAGAAGAUCAUAGGUAAUAAUUUUGACCUAUAGUUUGUAUCUUCUAAUUCUGUAUGUGACCAAUCUCCCCUUACAAACAUAAUAGAAUAUAAGCUAUAAACUUCUGAAAUGAAUGUGUGUGCACAAAGUUAUUUGAAUUUAUGUGUAUGUGAAUUUGUUUCCUCUUUGCAGGAACUCAAAAAAUAACAUACUCCUGAGAAAUAGAAAAUUCUGUUCUUUAUGUUUUUGCCAGGCAUUGCUUUUUUCUAUGUAAUACCAUUUAUAAAAUUCUAUUUUGUUUUAUAAUUUUUAGAGAGAUGAGAUUAAAACUCACAGGCAUUUGGUAGGUCCUUCCAAAUUAAAUGCUGAAAAAGUAUAAAUCAUAUUACACUGUGUUUGAGUGUAUGUCUCGCUUUUAAGACCGUGUGAUCUUAAUGCAGAUGAAAGAAAGAUCUUAAUCAUUACAGACUGCUAAAGACCUUACCUUUGAUAUUUUCAGAGUCUCUUUGGUUACUUGUUGCAAAGAAAUCAUCUGGCAAAAUUUGUUGUUGUUGUUUGGUGUUUGGGUUUGUUUUAAAUUAAUCUUUAUUGGAGCAUUAUAGUUGCUUUACAGUGUUGUUUCAGUUAACCAUAUAUAUAUAAUCAUAUGUAUCAUGUAUAUAUGAGUCAGCCAUACAUACAUACGUAUAUAUAUGUAUCCCUUCCCUUUUGAACUUCUUCCCCUUUCAGGUCACCACAGUACAUUAAGUAGACUUCUACAGUGUUCUCAUUAGUUAUCUAUUUUAUACAUAGUAACAUUUAGAUACAAUUAGGAAAAGUGGUCUUUUUAAUGCCACCUACAUAACCUAUAAAAAUUUUACUAUUAGUCAUAUAUUGGCUUUACAUAAGCACUUUUCCUCAUGUAACUUUGCCCUUAUUUUAAUCCUCUUUAAAAGGUCAGAGGCAGGACUUCCCUGGUGACCUAGUGGUUAAGACUCUGCACUUGCAAUGCAAGGGGCGUGGGUUUGAUUCCUCGGCAGGGAACUAAGAUUCCACAUGUCACACAGCCAAUAAAUAAAUAAAGCAAGCAAGCACCUAAUGCUGUUUCUGAGGCUAAUUAGGAAACAUUAAAAAAAAAAAAAGAUUGGAAGCAAACUCUUAUCAUUUUAGCAAUCACUCUAAGGCAUGCAAGGAUAAUUUGCCCCAAAUCUAACGUGUUGGUAUGAGCUAGGUUUAGAAUGAACAAGCACAAUUUUCUCAGCCCCAUCUUAUUCCUGUAAAAUUACACUGUCUCAAAUUAUAAAGUAUAAACAAUUCUAAGUCUGUAUGAGAAAUGUAUAGACAUUUGUCAUUUAUACAUAAAUGUAUAUAAGAGCAUAUAUUACAUAUCUGUAUUUUCUCACACAUGUGUUUCUUAGGAUGGAUAAAAAUAUAAGAUACGAUUUAUCUUUUAUUGAAUCACAAUCUGAAAUACUCCAUGAACUUGUUUACUCCAGUUGACUCCCAGAAAUCUUGCUGUAAAUCCAGCUUCAGGGCCUGUGACAACCCGUCACCCAGCAGCAGCAUGGAUUUGUCAUAUGCCGUCACUUACUGUAAAACUGUUGCUCUAACCUGAAAAAAUCUGGAAUUCAUCAAGAUUAUGAAAUAAGGGGUGUUUGUAGAGAAUCCAGUGUUGAGAAUCCAAUCCAUAAUACUUUAAAUAUAAAGCAGAAAAUGUGAUAGAAUCAUAACCAACAAAUAUUUAUGAUAAUUAAAAGGAAAUAUUAAUAUAAAAUCAUUAAUAUUUUAAUAUUAAUGGACAUGUAUUUCUGUCCCAUUCUCCCUUUUCUAUUCCUGUUGUAUUUUUGGUAGUGGGUUUUUUGGUUUGAUUAAUUUGUUUUUGUUUGUGCUUCUUCCUUGAGUAACUGGUUAGUGUUAACCAUUAAAUCUAUCUUGACACAAAACUUUAUAAUUGAUUAGACAGUUUUCCCCUCUAUUACAAUCAGGAAAUGAAUGUAAUAUGAGUAUGAAAAGGGAAAAGAAAAGGGAAAGUCACACAGUCGUGUCCAACUCUUUGAGACCCCUAUUGUAGCCUGCCAGGCUCCUCUGUUCAUAGGAUUUUCCAGACAAGAAUACUGGAGUGGGUUGCCAUUUCCUUCUCCAAGAGAUCUUCCCAACCCAAGGAUCAAACCAGGUCUUCCUCAUUGCAGGUAGAUUCUUUAUCAUCUGAGCCACCAGGAAUAAGACUAGAAAAAGACAGAUACACAUUUAUGGGGUUUUGCCUUCAAUAGGAUAGAUAAUUCUACACAGAAUAUUCUCUUUUUAAGAUGAAAAAAAUCAAAGAGAGCACAAACUAUGUGUCAGAGUUUUGCAUCCAUUAAUAUUAUGCCCUCUGAGUGAAUACACAGUGAAAAUCCUCAGAACAAUUAAGAGCUAGAGCAAUGGUGUUCUCUGUAUCUGGUUUCCUGUUUGCCUAUAAAAUUCUAACAAUUUUUUUCUAUUUCUCAGAUAAGUUAUGUGUAUGUGUACUUUUCCUAUACAUAAAAGUGAAUUUUUUAAUGAGAAGAAGUUUGUCAGUGCUGUUUGAAAGCUUAAUUUCAUAUUAUUCAUACUGUUUUUUAUUCUAACUGAAUGUGAAAUAAGUUUGUAUUAGUUACUGGUUGAUUUGAAAUAUUGUAUGUGGCAUUUAUACUACUAGAAGAAUGUCUAGAUUUCUGUAAUUUUUUAAAAACUAGAUUCUUUUGUAAAUCCUGCCUGUGUAGCAUUUUGGAACAUGUGUGACAUGUAUUGAUACCUUUAACCUUCCGUAUUGCAUUUCCUUCAGCAUUUUUUUUGUUGUUUAAAAAUGUUUCCCUAACAGUUAAAAGUUUAAGGCAACUCAGUACUUACCAGCAUUUUCAUUAUGUGGAAAAAGCAACUCACUUUUGAAUACAUUUUUCCUACAUGCUUGAUUAUAUUUUGGCUUUAAUGGAUUUCCUAUUACAGACAUUUUUUAUACAUGUGAAUAAACUUUAUGCUAAGUAAA